AUGGUAGCUCAGAUAUAUGUGGAUGACAUUAUCUUUGGCGGGAUGUUAGAUGAGAUGGACCAAACUUUUGUCAUGCAGAUGCAAUCUGAGUUUGAGAUGAGCUUGGAGAAAUAUGCAAAGAGUAUUGUGAAGAAGUUUGGAUUGGAAAAUGCAAGCCACAAACUAAAUCCUGCUCCUACACACUUCAAGCUAACCAUGGAUGAAAAAGGGGUUGGUAUUGAUCAAAGUUUGUAUAGAAGUAUGAUUGGUAGCCUCCUCUACCUUACUGCAAGCAGACCAGACAUUACUUUUGCUAUUGGAGUAUGUGCUAGGUAUCAAGAAGAACCUAAAGUGAUUCAUCUCAAUCAAGUCAAAAGGAUUCUGAAGUAUGUGAAUGGUACGUACAACUAUGGUAUACUGUACUCACAUAACUCAAACACUAAGUUAUUGGGUUAUUGUGAUGCUGAUUGGGAUGGAAGUGUUGAUGACAGAAAGAGUACCUCUGGUGGAUGUUUCUUUCUAGGAAACAAUUUCAUGCUAUGGUUCAGCAAGAAGCAUAAUUGUGUAUGGCUUUCCACAUCUGAAGCUGAGUAUAUAGCAGCGGAUAGUAGUUUCUCUUAA